AUGAGACCGACAAGCGCCGCCCUCUGCCUCGUCGCCAACGCGGCCCUCGCCGCCGCCUUCACAAACUGGGACCUGCUCACGCACCCGGUCGUCCCGGGCUUCCGGUGGCAGCUGCCCUUCCCGGACGACGGCACCCACCCGGGCGGCUACGACGUGCCCUGCCAGCACACCGAGACCUUCCGCGCCAAGGCCUACCGCCUCGGGGACCUGCGCCGCGAGCCGCCGCGGGGGCUGGCGCCCUGGGCCGACGCCCUCGACGUCUUCCUCGCCCACCGCGAGUACCCGGGCAGCUGGGACGGCGUCGACCACGGCGGCGACAGCAGGGAGCUGCUGGUCAUGGAGUACGCGGACGUGCCCCCGGCGGUGAGGGGGUGGGUCGAGCUGCAGGCGGCCGGGCAGGGCGCCGAGCAGUUCCUGUUUGGCGUGUUCGAGAAGCCGAGGGGGCAGGCGGACAAGGUCAGGGGGACCGUCAGGGUGAAGCCGACGACGACGACGGCGGCGGCGGCGGCGGCGGCGGAAGGCGAGGAGCCUUGGAGGGAGAUCCCGGACCAGGACAAGAUCAUGGUGUUUGCGCCGGCGGCCGUGUAUCCCAUCUUGCCUCUGUGGGUGGCCAAGGGGAGCAAGUGCGAGGGGGAGUUCGUCGACCUGGCCAAGUACAAGCGGCAGGUGGAGGACAACGCCGUCGUGGCGUGGCCCAUCUCCUUCACCAAGCCCGAAGGGGACGAGCCCAACAGGGAUGCCUCAUUCACGAUCAAGGCGAUGCAUGUGACGGAAACAGAUCACGGCAAGACGAUGAGGCUGAUGUGGGAGAAGCUGCACCGCACUGUCCGCCGCAGUGAGCGAAAGUUGCAGAAGGAACAGAGGGCCGCAGCAGCGAGGGACCUGCGGGACGAUACUAGGGUUCGGGACGAGCUGUGA